AUGGACGCGCCCGCCGGCCCGGCGGCGGGACCCGGCCCGAGCCCGGAGGCGGCCAUCGAGAAGGAGGAGGCGGCGGCGUACGUGGAGAUCCGCGGGUCGCUUCGGGGUCCGGAGGAGAGUGGCCAGCCCCCCGAGCCGGCCUCGGCCGGCGGCGCGGAGCGAGCGGCCGGUCCCGCAGCGGAAAGCGGAGGCGGCGGGCCCGGGGAUGGCGGCGGCUCGGCGAGCGGCGGGCGGCCGGGCGGGGCCGCGGGGCCAGCAUCCCCGGCCCGCGGGCGGGAUCGCCCGCCCUCCCCCGGCGCGGCGGCGGGAUGCGGCGCUGGCUCCGGCCCCGGCUCCCGGGGGGCGGCGGGCAGUGGCGGGCCGCCGGAGGCGGGGGGCUGCCCGGAGUCCUCCUCCUCCUCCUGCCCUUCGCCGGUGACCAAGGCGGGCGGCUUUCCCGCAACGGGAGACCCAGUGUCGACGGAGGGCAAAACCUCCUCGUCCUCCUUCGGCUACGAAAGCGAGGAGGACGAGGACGCGGGUCGCAAGGCGGCCCCCCCCGGCGCCCCCCCGAGCAUCCCCCCCGGCGGCGGCCGCGACGAGGCGCACUACAUCAGCACGCAGGAGAUCCAGCUGACCGAGGUGGACCACGACAUGGACUUCGACGCGGGGCUGGCCGCCCGCUGGGACUUCGAGGACAACAACGUGAUCUACUCCUUCGUGGACUACGCCUCCUUCGGGAGCGACGAGACCCCGGGGGACACGCCGACGUGCUACCUCAGCACGACCACCAGCGACCCCAACAACCAGACGGACAGCCUCGACAACACCAGCAGCACCGAGCUCGUCAGCCUCACCUCCGAACACGACACCCCCGGCGGGGACAAGCGCGCCAGCUCGGGGGAAAGCCGGUCCACGCAGCCCGGCCGCCGCGGCGGGAGCCCGGCCGCCCAGCUUCUCCUAUCAAUCAAAGCCGCUUCCCGGGCUAUAAAUGAGUCUAGCGACGUGCGCGGAAAGCAAAACGCUCCUCACGCUGCCAAGCAUGAAGGCGACAUGAGCCUCCGUGUCCCCGCGGCUCCCGAACGCGACGCGAGUUUAAAAGCGGACGCGGCCCGCGACCACGCGAAAAGAUUCAUCGCGGUCCCCGCGCGGCUGCAGACGCGGUGCGGGGCCGCCAGGGCGGGGGAGCACUCGAGCGGCGCCUCCAGCGCCGUCAGCGAGUUGGACGAUGCCGACAAAGAAGUGCGGAACCUGACGGCCAGGGCUUUCCGCAGCCUGGCGUACCCCUACUUCGACACCCUGCGCCCCGGCUCCCGCGCCUCCUCCGCCUCCCUGCCCGACCAUGCCCUGGGCAUCAACCGCUGGUCCACCUACCUGGACCUCAAGUGCGGCAGCCUGGCGCCGAGAGCCGAGCCCAGCCUGCUGCGCUGCGGCCGCUCGCAGAGCAAAGCCCUCGAGUUCGUGGUCAGCAAGCUCGACGGGGAGAUCGCCCACGUCGAGGCGCCGCGGCGGCUCGGGGGGGGCUCCCGGGUGGUGACCCUGCUGGACCUCGGCGAUGCCCCCGAGGCGGGCGGCGGGGAUCCGCCGGCGGCGGAGGGCGGCGGCGGCGGCGGGGGGGGGGCCAGCAAGAAGUCCAAGUUCGCCUCCAGCCUCCUCAAAAACGUCAUCUCCAAGAAGAUGCAGCUGGAGCACGAGUUCAAGAUGGAACGGGGCGAGAUCACCGACACCUCCUACACCGGGCUGGGAGCCGGCCGGGAGCCGGAGCCCGGCGGCGGCCGGGAGCGGCAGCGGGAGGGCGGCGUGCAGCGGCAGAGCUCCCGGCACUCGGAGGGCGGCUCGGACUGCGCGGCGGCGGCGGCGGCGGCGGCGGAGGAAGGGGGCGAGGGCGGCGGCCGGUCGCCGGCCUCCAAGGCGUCGACGCCCCGCGAGGGGAGCCGCAGCCAGGACCGAGCGCUGUCGGAGGAGCUGUGCGAGGUGAAGCGCAGCGCCUCGGAGGCCAUCAAGGCCACCUUCCUCCGCAGCCAGAACAGCGCCUUCAGGUCCUGGAAGGAGCGGGAGGCGGAAAGGAAGGAGGAGAGGGCGCCCGUCGGCAAGCUGAAGCUGUCCUCCAGGCACGACUGGCGGGCCGACCUGGGCGAGAUCUCCGCCGGCAAGUCCACCAAGAUGUCCCGCCUCUUCGUUCCCGCCAUCCAGCACACCCCCCGCGAGAAGGAGCCCGGCAAGCGGGCCACCAAGUGCUCCGCCGCCGCCGCCUCCUCCUCCUCGCCCCCGGCCGCCAAGCCCAAAGCCCCCGAGAUCAAGAUCAGCCUGGGCAGCCUGCAGCAGCCCCGGGACGCCGCUUUCAGCAUCGCCCAGCUGCUGACGCCGCGGAUCGCGGGCCGGCCGCCGGAGGAGGGCAGGGGCCAGCAGCCCAAACCCCCCAAGGCCGGCGACGGCCCCGACAAGGUGCCGCAGUUCCUGGUGCGCGACGUGAGGGACGGCAAGCACCGAGCCCAGGGGCCCCUCCAUCAGGUGCGGGACGUGCGGAAGCUCAUCAAAAGCUCCUACAGCUGCGACUCGGGGGAUAACAGCAGCGACAAGGGCAGCGUCGCCUCCGACCAGGGCGGCCCGGAGCAGAAGCCCCGGCAGCAGCUGGUCAUCGCCGGCGUCCCCAGGUCCCUCUCCCCCGUGGUCAUCACCUGCCAGGCGGUGGGCCACGCCAGCACCAAGCCCGCCGAGGCGGGGGCCAAGGCGGCGGGCAGGGCGCCGGGCUGCCCCCCGGAGGGCACCGUCCUGGUGCACCGCACCUCGGGGAGGCUGCCGGUGGCCACCAUCGCCCCCAACAAGAGCGACCCGCGCCAGCCGGCCGUGCUGAAGAUCGUCUCCAAAUCCGCCGCGCCCUGGCGGCACCAGCCGCCGCCGCCGCCGCCGCCCGCCGAGAGGGGCCGGGGGCCGGAGGAGGACCCGCGGGAGGAGGGCAAGGCGGCGCCCGUGCAAAACGCGCUGGAGAAGCUGACGGCGGCGGUGCGGAGCAUGGAGGAGCUCUACAGCUUCAACAAGCGCGAGUGGAAGCGCAAGAGCGACCCGCUGCCCAUCACCGACAGCCACGUCCUCUCCCUCAUCGCCAGCCAGGAGCGGGACGCCGGGCCCCGGCCGACCCCCCCCGCCGCCGCCGCCGCUCCCCCCCCGGUCCCGCCGGCGGAGAAGACGGAGGAGCCGUCGGGCAAGGGGCCGGGCGGCGAGCGGCUGCCACGCCGCCCCUCCAACAACGCCGCCGACAAGGUCUCGGCCAAGGCGGCCGCCUUCGAGAGCCUGGCCCGGCAGCGGCAGCGCGGCCCGCCGCCCCCCCGCGCCGAGCCGCCCGCCGCCCCCCGCGCCCUCCUCACCCUCCGCGGGGCCGGGGCCGGGGCCGGGGCCCCCGCUCCGGGCAAGCCCCCCCCCCCCGAGGGCGGCCUGCGGGGCCAGGCGGCGCCGCGCUCCCCCCGCCCGCCUGCGGGCGGCGGCGAUGCGGAGCGCGGCCCGGACUGCGGGAACUACCUGGCCCUGCCGCUGAAGGCGGCCGCCGAGCCCGGCUCCCCGCCCUCCCCGGCGUCGGGGGCGGGCGGCGGUGUCCGCCCCAGCCCGGUGGCGGCGGCGCUCUGCAGCCUGCAGCCUUUCGGCACCACCAAGCGCCCCGGCAGCCCCGGACCCCCGCCGGGACCCCCGCCGCCCGCCGAGGAGCCCCCCGCCAGCGCCCCGCCGCCCGCCGAGGGGCCGCCCGCCGCCCUGUACCGCCCGCCUCUGCCCUUCGCCGCCCUGCCCGGCGCCGCCGCGCCGCCGCCGCUGCUCUGCUUCUCGCCCUCCGUGCCCGCCGCGGCGGCAGCGGCCGAGCCCUUCCCGCAGACGCAGCGCAGGGUGCUGCUGGACGUGAGCACCGGGCAGUACUACCUGGUGGACACGCCGGUGCAGCAGCCCCUCAAGCGGCGCCUCUUUGACCCCGAAACCGGGCAGUACGUGGAGGUGCCGGUGCCCCAGCCGCCGGCCGUCACCCCCGUCCCGCUGCCCCUCUCGCCCCUGGCCCUCAGCGCUGGGGCCUACGGUGCCACGUACAUGCUCUACCCCGGCCUCCUGCCCGCCGCUGCCAUGCUGCCUGCCGGCGCCCUGCCGCGCCCGCUAUCCCACCCGGGCAGCGAUGCCAGCGCCCCGGCUGAGCCCGGCAGCCCGGCAGCGGCAGAGGGGGCUUUCGCCGACAGCCCCUACUACGUGGCUACCGGCAAGGGCCCGCCGCCGCCACGGCGUGGGGCAGCCGAGGCGAAGCCGGUCAUCAGCAUCACGGCGCCGGCCACCGGCCCGCGGAUCGUCGCGCCACCCUCCUUCGACGGCACCACCAUGCGCUUCGUGGUGGAGCACCGGUGAAGGGCACGGGGAUAAGGAAGAAGAAUCACACUCCUUUAAUCUGAAAUACACUUGGUAACUCUAAACGUUCAUCCUAAAAACUGCUUCUACAGUUUUCUCAUUUUCUUGUGUCAUCAUACAAAACAAGUGUGCACAAAUUGAAAUUGCCCUCAGGAUGAAAUGCACUGCAAGUAUACAGAUAGUGAGUGAUUUAACAUGUAUCUUCUCAUUUAUCUUCAUCGUUAUGAAAAUCCAAUGAAAAAAUACUAUUCUAACCCUUUUUAAAGAGCUUGGUGUGCCCAGCUAGAACAUAGAGUGUGUAAACUUAAUCCCUGUGCUCUUCAAUUGCAUGGUCUCCGGUUACAAGCUUUAACUUCCUACCGGGAUUUGGGCUGAGUGCCUCUUAAAGAAAAUGAAUGCUUCUUCACCGUUUUCACGACUGAUAAGUCCAUAGAUGUUACGACUACAGUAUUGGUGUUAAACAAAACAGUACUUCGGACUGCAGGACAGUGCAGGUACCAGAGUAGAUCGUCCGCUGUGACAUACACGUGUACGGUAUGUACAUUAUAAUACUAGCAUCCAUGUUUAAAAACGUUUCUGUCCUAUUUUUUUUCCUGUAUCGGUGCUUGGAGCGAAGUUUCACGUUGCAAUUUACAAGAUAGAGGUUUGCACACUCAAACUCAGGGUUUACAGCUUCACCCGGUGUACUUGAAAGGAAAAAAAUGCGUAGAAAACAAGUGCCCAGAAUUUCAACAUGUAUUUGUUGGAGGAAAAUUUUGCAGGGAUUUUUUUAACUGCCUGUGGAGGCAAAAGCAAUGAAAUGAGGCAAUACCAACAGCUAUUUAUUUUCUCAGGGGAGAUUUCUUCAGUGGAAUGUGUCAAUCCUAAUGUCAAACAGUGUUUGCUUAAUUUUGUCUAUUACUAAAGAGACUCCAUCAAGGGGUCCGUUUUGCAAGGAGACCCAGUCCAGCAAAGCCUUCACAUGCAUCUCUAGCUUCAAAUAUCUAAGCAGAUUCCUGGGAACUUCAGCAGGAUUGCAGUCUCUUUUUUUUUUUUUUUUUUUUUUCACCCAGCAAUGUAACGCUUUGCUGAACUUGGCCCAGAGCGCCGAGUGCCUUGCAGACCCAAGUCCUGGGUUCUUCACUUUAUAUGUAUAAAACCAAAGCUCUGGGCUUGAGUCUAGCUGGACCCAGCAGAUAAUGUCACAAAAGGUUGCCAGAAGAAGAUCUGGUAAUAUGGUGCUCCUCCACGUAUACCCAGUGGUGAAUUUCUCCAGCCGAUGGGGUGAUGUGUAACCACGUAUCUUGGAUUAGAGUCAAGCCCUCCGUAUCAGGGUUCACAAGCUGCUAGUAUUACAUGUUUCAUGGUGCAGUCAUAGUAUGUUACAGGUGAAAUUCACCCUGUGUGCAAAGCAAGGCAAAACCCUGUGCACCACUCAAGUUCCCUCCCAGCGCUGCUGUCAGGGUUUGGGGUCUGCGGUGGCCGGCCAGCCACUUCCACAUGUUUUAGGUCAGGAUCCAAUUAAAAGAUUGAGCAGGGCUGGAGUGAUGCACGAAUGUUGUUUUGGUCUUUUGCAGCAGGGUUGGUUUCAAUCGGUUAAAUUUAAUCCUUGGUGGAUCACUUGGUGAAUGGUUUAAAAUGUAUUUAUGGGUUGUGUGGGUUUUUUUUUUCUCCUUGUCUGCAUUGAAAGCUAUCUUUACUCUCUAGUGUUGAUGGCCAAAGUGUCAUUCCUUAUGCUCAUAAAUUACCAUUAACUUGUGGCUACCUGAGAACACAUACUUUAAAAACGCUUGUGUUUCUUUUCUCCUUUUUCUGUUUUGUUUUUUUUUUUUUUUUUUUUUUUCUUUUUCCUCCCUUUUUUAAGGGGGUGGGUUAUCAGUGUAAAGUUAUUUAAAAGUGCAAAUGUGAGGUAAGGAUAAUGAUUGCUAAGAGGAUGUGGAUGGUAUGUCUGAUGAGAGAGCGGUGGGCUAUAAGGCAAAGGAGAAAAUGCCGCGAACGCAUUGUGUUGAUGAUUGUUUCCUGUGGGGGGAAAAAAAAUGAAAAAUGAAGAUACAUAACUGGAGAAAAAUGGACUCUUUGAGCUGCUCUCAAUGUAGACAACACUGUGGCAAGUGCGUAGCCGAAGCCCGAGGCAAUCCCGCUGCAGGGUGCCGUCAGCCUGGGAUUGAAGGACAGCGGAGUCGCUCUGAGAAUUGCACUAGCAGCGUGUUGCAUGUCGGGAACGCUCCAGCACGUCACGACCACGUGAGAAUGGACUGUCUGAAACCGCUGAGUACCAAAGUUUGUAACUGAAUGAGUUAGUGUUUGUAUUAUGUUGGGGCUUUUUUUUUGAAUGUUAUGAUAAAU